GGAUGCUUUAAUGAAUCCAACAUCCAUGGAUCCAUAAACGGCUAUUGUUAUAUAUUGCCAAUUAUUGGUAAUGUUUUUUAUCUGUUAUAUUUCUAGCAUUUUGACAAAAUUGGUACUAAUCCAUUUUCUGGAAAAAAUGCAAACCUUAACCAUUGUAAAACAGAAACCUUGUAUUAAUCAAUUAAUACUGUGGUUUCUUAAGACUUUCCGUAGAUUGUCCUUUCAGCAGAAAAUCAUAGCUAUUAUUAUUAUUUAUAGCGAUCUUUUUCUGUUUAGUAUUUUUGCUAGAAUUCUUAAGCACAUGACUAUGUUUUUAGCUUAGUCGUUUUUUCAUUUUUUCGGGUGCUGGUUUUGAGACCUUAG